CCGGCUGACCCACUUGUCAAGCCAAACACUGCUGCUGUGCGUGAGACAGACUCAGUGAGGAAAACUAAAGAAGAGAUACCUGAGGGUUAGCAGACUUCUACAUUUUGGAUUAACUGUUUCCUUAACCAGGGAUACACUCUCAGAGAGGCAGUAUGGGCUGUAUGAAGUCCACGCUGAGCGAAGGUCUGAGCAGAGGUUCGGAGGGCAAAAUCAGCGAGCAGACUGUACGUACCGAUACGCACUAUGUCAGAGACCCCACCUCCAAUACAAAAAGCAACAUAGAUAACUCACUGUUACCUGGUCAGAUGUUCCAAAAGAUGGAAGGCGGUGUUGGUAAAAUAGUGAUCGGCCUUUAUCCGUAUGAAGCCGCACAUCUUGAUGACCUGGGAUUCAAAAAGGGAGAAAAGAUGAAAAUCUUAGAAGAACAUGGUGAGUGGUGGAAAGCAAAGUCUUUGACAACCAACAAAGAAGGAUUCAUCCCGUCCAACUACGUCGCCCAAGCUGACACCAUGGAAACAGAGGAAUGGUUUUUCAAGGACAUCACAAGGAAGGAUGCAGAGAGGCAGCUGCUGGCGCCAGCAAACAAACCAGGCUCUUAUCUUAUCAGGGAAAGUGAAACAUCAAAAGGGAGUUAUUCAUUAUCCAUCAGAGACAUGGACGCAAAUGGGACAGAAGCAGUCAAACAUUAUAAGAUCCGGAAGCUGGAUAAUGGCGGCUACUACAUCUCUCCUAAAAUCUCCUUUCAGGACAUCGGCAGCAUGAUUAAACACUAUCGCAGUAAAGCUGAUGGUCUGUGCUGUAAACUGGACCGUCCAUGCGUGAAACCUAAAGCUCAGAAGCCGUGGGACAAAGACGCCUGGGAGAUUUCCAAAGAGUCUAUUAAGAUGGUGAAGAAACUGGGAGCAGGGCAGUUUGGAGAAGUCUGGAUGGCGUACUACAACAACGCAACCAAAGUCGCAGUGAAGACGCUGAAGCCAGGCACCAUGACGGUUGAAGCCUUCAUGGAGGAAGCUAACGUCAUGAAGACGCUGCAGCACGACAGACUGGUGAGGCUUUACGCUGUCGUCACCAAGACUCAACCCAUCUACAUCAUCACUGAAUACAUGGCAAACGGGAGCCUGUUAGACUUCUUAAAGAGCGACCUUGGAUGCAAAGUGCAACUACCCAAGCUCAUCGACUUCUCAGCACAGAUAGCGGAGGGCAUGGCGUACAUAGAGAAGAAGAAUUAUAUUCACAGAGACCUGAGGGCUGCGAAUGUCCUGGUGUCCGAGAGUCUGCUCUGUAAAAUAGCUGAUUUUGGUUUGGCAAGAGUCAUAGAGGACGACGAGUAUUCGGCCAGAGAGGGAGCCAAAUUCCCCAUUAAGUGGACCGCUCCAGAGGCCAUUAACUACGGAACCUUCACCAUCAAGUCAGACAUGUGGUCCUUCGGAGUUUUGCUUUACGAGAUUAUCACCUAUGGGAAAAUCCCUUAUCCAGGUAUGACCAAAGGGGAGGUGAUGUCCUCGGUGCAGCGUGGCUACAGGAUGCCUCAGCCUGACAACUGUCCCAAUGAGCUCUACGAUAUCAUGAUGUCCUGCUGGAAGAACCGACCCGAGGACAGACCCACCUUCGAGUACAUGCAGAGCGUCCUGGAUGACUUCUACACGGCCACAGAGGGACAAUACCAGCAACAGCCGUAGAGACACGAAGCCAGGAAGAGAUUUUUGACACAGACAUUUCACAUUCACUCCACAUGUAUAAUUUUAUUUUCAGUGGUUGUACUCUUUUGUAUAUAUGACUCUUUGGAGACUCUACUGUAUUUAUAUUCAUCCUGGCUACUUUGUUGGUGAGAAAAUACAGUUUGCAGCUUUUAGACUAUACUGCAGCAGCCUAAAGGUGCCAUCUGUGUGUAUAAAUACUGUAUUUUGUGCAUUUCUAAGCAUGUUCAGAGGUACAUAAGAGAUACAUUUUUGCACAAAGUGACCAAAUAACAGACACUAUUCUCAUGAACGUGCAUAUAAUAUUAAAUUUCAGUGUGUUUGUUAGAGUGGCUGAACAAACAGUAGGCAUUGUACAAGGAGUUUGCAGACUGUGCACUUUUUUCACUCUGAGCAAACAUAUUUGAGGAUCUAUUUGGCUUCAGAGUGGUGUAUGGAUGUUUUUACAUGCCUGAGUUGUUCUCUAAAAAUAGAUUUUCAUAAAAUGUAGGACUUUUUCAAGCAAAAACAUCAAAUCAUCUGCCUUUAUAUGUUGUUCUAUGCUUUUCCAUAUGAAAGGUACGGCAGCAAAUCACACGUUAGGCUGUACAUACAUGAAGUUAUCAUGAUCCUUUUUACAUUUCAGAGCAAAUUAUGUCUUGAGUUGCUCUAACAUUGAGAGUCAGAUCUCUUUGUGGUGUAAGUUUCUGUCAUUGUAAGGAGUUGUUUCUGUUGCUUUCUCUUUCUAUAACCAGAAAAGAGUUAGUUCCUUUAUAAUCCACUUCAUAUUGAAGUGCUGUAGCUUUUGUCUGUUGCUUGUUUCGGGGUUUAAAUGUCGGAGCCGUUCUCUCUAUAUCAUCAUUUCAAACAUGUUGUUUUUCUCAAUCAAAUGUGGGAUCUAGAUAGAGCAUUAGAUGCACAGAUCUACAGAGCAACAGCAUGUCAUUACUGUAUGAGUUAUUUUGAACAUUAGAACCACAAGCUGUUUGUCAGUAAAUGAUGAUGUAUGUUUUGUAUUCAAAUAAAAAUCUGCAACUGAGCUGAAGAUAAAUGUAGUACACUUUAUUCUGUUGGAUUCUUUUGUAUAAUUAGGUCAUAUUUAAAAGAUUUAAUCAUCACAAAUACUUUAAUAAACGUUACCAAAUAAU